GGAAGGGCGUGCCCCCGAAAGGCGCGAGGGCCAAUGGGCCGCGAGCCCUGUCAGCGUCAGGCGGGCGCUGGCGGCGGCGCGGCUGGCACCAUGGUGGAGUACCGGAUCCGGCCGUACUGCGAGGAGGACUACGAGACGGUGCGCGAGGUCUUCGCCACCGGCAUGAGCGAGUACGCGCCGGCGCUGUGCCUGCAUGUCCUGCGGCAGCCCUGGGCGCUGCUGGCGCUGGGCUGCACCUUCUGCCUGCUGCUAGCCAGUGCCCGCUCCCUGCUGCUGCCCGUCCUGGCCCUCACCCUGCUGCUGGCCCUGGCCCGGCACCUCCUGGGCUGCGCCUGGAGCACCUACAUCGACCGCUGCCUCGGGGACGACCUGCGGGACAUCGGGGCUGCCUACGCCGAGAGCGCCGGUGCCCAGUUCUGGGUGGCGGAGGCGGACGAGCGGGUGGUGGGCACGGUGGGGGUGCGGCCGGCCGACAAUGGCGCUGACGGGGAGCUGGUGUUGAAGAGGAUGUCGGUGCGGAAGGACUACCGAGGCUUGGGCAUCGCCAAGGCGCUGGCCCGCACCGCGCUGGACUUUGCCCGGCAGCGUGGCUACCGGGCCGUGGUGCUCAACACCCUGAUGCUGCAGCACGAGGCCCGGGCCCUCUACGAGCGCCUGGGCUUCCGCCAGCACCGCCGCUACGUCCUGCCCACCGCCUACGGCCGCCUGGCCAACUGCACCAUCACCACCUACCGCUACGACCUGCCCGGCACACCCUGAGCCCCGCCACAGCGCCGGUGAGGGCGGCCGUCGUGCCCCGGCACCGGCAUGGCCGCGCGGGCUGUGCUGUGGGAUGCUGCUCUUGACCGUGCCUGCUGGACACGGCGCCGCCGUGGGGCGGUGGGUGCCGUGUUCCCAACCCCUGGCUGUGCCUUGCCAUGGAGCCGUGUGGGCGUUGCUUCUCAGGGAGUGUGCUGCACGCCGGCACGGGGGUGACACGGGGGGUAGGGACCCUUGUGCCACAUGCGGUGGGGGGGUCUGUGGGGCACAAGGGUGCCCUGCCCCAUGGUGGGGUUCAGUCUCCGGGAGGGGGCCAGGCUGAGUCCUGCUUGGCCCUGAUGCUACUGUGUCCCCUUGGGAGCAUGUGGCUACCCGAGAGAGACCCCCGGCCAUGUGUUGCCUCCCCCCAAGCCGUUCCCCCCCACCACCCUCCCUGGCUGCUCCGCAGUGCCUGCGGGUCAGGUGCUGCCCCUGCAUGGGGUGGAGAAAUAAAGGACCGUCCGCAGCGCGGGG